CUUCAAUCUUCACUUCACUUCAUCUUCCUUCCAAUUCGGAAAUCAAUUAUCUGUGGGAUGGCAUCCAUGUUGGAGCGCCUUAUGGCAAAGACUUUUCAAAAGCAAACCCCUCCAGCCGAUGAGCAGCCCGAUUCUACGCCCUAUCGCCCUCGCCGAGAACCUCUUCCAUACGAGAUCCCGGACCCCAAGGGCACUCCAUGGCUUCUCAAAGUCCCAGACGAAGUUCUCGAGCGAAUUUUUUCUAAUGUAGAUCGCGUGACAUUUGUGCGGUGCCAUCGAGUUUGUUCUCAGAUCAACAAUUUUCUGAGCGGGAAUACUUCUAUGAAGCUUCGAAAUCUCCUACAAACAUCUUCCCUCAUUCUCAAUCCCAAUGCUCUCCUUCCUGAUGCAGUCAAUCCACACCUCGUGCCGCCCUCUAAGGCUCAGCUUUUGGACACCCUCCGAGAACGCCUCACACGUUUCCGUAGUUUUUCACCCAAGUCGGAGGAGACUGUUAAAUUUCAGGAAUAUGAGGGGAGGUUAUAUGAGUUUUUAGAAGGUGUAUUGGUGCGGAGUGUACCUAUCCCUUAUUCGAGACAGAUUGGGAAUGAGAUUGGAGUGUACGAGUUUGGGAAGAUGGGAGAAUGGGAGGAUGUGAAGAAUAGACCUGGUGAUGGCAGAGAUGGUGGUGGAAAAAACCGAGAUGAGGAUGAUGCGAUGGAUGAGAUUAUUGAUAUCGAGGAAGAUGAAGAGUUUGGUAAUAUCAGGCGAACGCACAAAUUUGGCUUUCAAAUGUUGGAUUUCGCUUUUGAUCCGGGACAGGAUCUUUUCGUCGUAGCCGAAUACAAGCCUCAUCCUCAAGAUCCUACUAUCAACCUUCACCUCUUUACACUCUCUACUUUCCAGCCCCAUCCACGAGCCAAAGAGCAUAUCCUCACUUGGCCCUCAGGAACACUCUAUGGGAGAGCCCCUUCACUAGGCUUCCAGAUAUGUGAUGACGGGCUGUUCGUGCUCAAGAAUCAUCAUCGCGGAAGUAAAGAUAUGCUCUGUGGAUGGCAAUGGACGACUGGUCGAUUGGCGGUCACACUUAUUGCUCCUCAUACAUCCACGUUCGAGUCUUUCAUUUGUCUUACACCUUCAUCUUUCGCCAUUCCCAGCGUAUCGACGACUUUGAACCCCGAUUCUGAGAUCCUUGGGGACCUUACCGACCCGAGCGACCUCAUAUUUUCCCAUCAUCUCAACAUCUAUGCCUUUCCUCCUCUUUCCAGCACUACGGUGAACGAACACGAACCUGUCCCUCCUCCGCACACAGCUACGCACGUCACGACCAUUGACCUACCCGAAUUUGUCAUUGAUUUCGAAAACGAUCUUCCUCCACCACGAAUGACGAUUCGUGCCGAUCCUGCACCCAGGUACAAUCUCCCUACCCACCCUAUCGGGUCCCCUCAGCCGUUUAUCCCCGAUCCUGAAAGCGGUAUUGUCGUCCUCGAAUUUUACUGUCAACCCACUGAAGAUGAAGAGGGACAUCUCCAGACCACGCAUUAUGUAAUGUUUGUGAGGAAGAAGACAUUAUUGGGCUAUCUUCCUGCACCCACUAGUCCCUUGUUGUUCAGUGCAUUCCCCAGGCCCGCGCCAGUCGUGCCAUUUGCAAAUAUCGCACCCAAAGUAAGGAUGCUCGGUCCUCACCAGUAUGUCCCAUCGUGGGUAUGCUACGUCUACCAAGACCGAUAUGUUACCAGAAGCGAUGUCGAAAGCGAACCUUGCAUCCAGCUGUACGACUUUGACCCUAUGCGGGUCCGUCAAGCCCAGUUCGACCCUGAAUUGAAAGACGGUCAAAAUGCGUUUGAGGUGAUCACGGAGGAAGCUGAUGUACCAUCGCAUCAAGAAUAUAGACACUCGACGUUGGUUAAGGGUGUGAAGACGGGAGCGGAGUUGCCUUGCACGGUGGCAGAGCUGGAACUGUUGGAUGAUGGGGUACAUACGAUCAUCAUUGAUGCGGAGAGAAUUAUAGCCUUCGAUGAUUCAGAAGACGAGAAUGACGAGUUAUUCAUGCGCAUCAUGGAAUUUUAGAAACAUGACUGUAAUAAUUCAUCUGAGUGCAUAUUUUAGUUGAGAUGCAGUCUCCUCUGAUCAUCAU